AUGGCGGUUGGUAGAUCGAUCUGUCCUCCAGAACACGUCGUGCCGGUGGGCCACGACGAGCCGCUCCUCGGGCGCUACGAUGCUGCGCGGCCGGCCGAGAAGGCCGCCGCCGACGGCGGCGGCGGCAACGCCAGCUUCGUGCAGACAUGCCUCAACGGCCUCAAUGCCUUGUCAGGGGUUGGGCUGCUGUCGGUGCCCUACGCGCUCUCGGAGGGCGGCUGGCUGAGCCUGGCGCUGCUGGCCGCCGUGGCCGCCAUCUGCUGGUACACCGGCCUCCUCCUCCAGCGCUGCAUGGCCGCCGACCCCGCCGACCCCGCCGUCCGGACGUACCCGGACAUCGGCGAGCGCGCCUUCGGCCGCGGCGGCCGCCUCCUCGUCUCGGCCUUCAUGUACGCCGAGCUCUACCUAGUCGCCAUCGGCUUCCUCAUCCUCGACGGGGACAACCUCGCCAAGCUCCUCCCGGGCGCCAGCGUCAGCCUGGGGCCCGCGACGCUCGCCGGGAGGCGCCUGUUCGUCGUGCUCGUCGCGCUCGCGGUCGCGCCCACCACGUGGCUGCGCAGCCUCGGCGUGCUGGCCUACGUCUCCGCGACGGGCGUGUUCGCAUCGGCCCUCAUCGUCCUCAGCGUGCUCUGGGCCGCCGCCGUCGACGGCGUCGGGUUCUCCGCGCCGGGGACGACGGCGCUGCGGCCCACGGGGCUCCCCACGGCGCUCGGGCUCUACACCUUCUGCUACUGCGGGCACGCCGUGUUCCCGACGCUCUACACCUCCAUGAAGGAAAAGUCUCGGUUCCCAAAGAUGCUGGCGAUUUGCUUCGUGCUGUGCACGCUCAACUACGGGUCGAUGGCCGUGCUCGGGUACCUCAUGUACGGCGACGGCGUGCAGUCCCAGGUGACGCUGAACCUCCCCGCGGCGCGGCUCAGCUCCAGGGUCGCCAUCUUCACCACGCUGAUCAACCCGCUGUCCAAGUACGCGCUGGUGGUCACGCCGAUCGCGACGGCCGUCGAGGACAGGAUCGGCCUGUCGGGUCCGGCCGUGCCGGUGGCGGUGAGGACGCUGCUGGUGUUCAGCACGGUGGCCGUGGCGCUCGCGGUGCCCUUCUUCGCGUACCUGAUGGCGCUGGUGGGGUCGCUGCUCAGCGUCGUCGCGUGCAUGCUGCUGCCGUGCGUCUGCUACGUCAGGGUGCUCGGGCCGCCGCGGCGCGCCGCGGAGGCGGCGGCGAUCGUGGCGAUCCUGGCGCUGGGAUCGCUGGUGGUGGUCACGGGCACGUACUCGUCGGUGGUGCAGAUUGCCCACGAGCUGUUCUGA